AGGUGGUUUAUUUGACCGGCUCAUAAUCAAUGAAACGUUUGAGCCGGUCCAUGCUGGGUUUUCCUGCUGUUUUUUACGCCCAGACGAGAGCCAAUUGCUGAGCGGCAUCAGUGAGUAGCGGCCCUACAGCCCCCACUUCGCUGAGUCAUAACCCUCUUAUUAGGAGCAAGCCGAUUUAUCCUCUGUCAGACAUUGUGAGGCUCUUGUUCCCACAAAACCAAGCAAAGAUGGCCAACACGAAUGCCGAACACCAAACGGGAGAACGCAUCGCGUAUCUGACGCGAGUUCAGUGCUUCAGCGCUUCUCAUCGAUUGCACAGUUUGGGAUUGAGUGACGAUGAAAACCAAAGAAUCUUUGGAAAAUGCAACAAUCCCAAUGGACAUGGACACAACUACAGAGCUGAAGUUACUGUACGAGGAAAGAUCAACAAAGUAACUGGUAUGGUUAUUAACCUGACAGACCUCAAAGAGUGUAUUGAGGAAGUGAUCAUGGUUCCCCUGGACCACAAAAACCUGGACAAGGAUGUCCCGUACUUUGCCAACGUGGUCAGCACAACUGAGAAUGUGGCGGCUUACAUUUGGGACGGCUUGGUGAAGAUCCUGCCGGUCGGAGAAAUGUACGAGGUCAAGAUCUACGAGACGGACAAAAACAUUGUGGUGUAUAGAGGGGAGUAACACCGUACCGCCACCGGUCCAGUCACCUUACGAACAGAGUGCACCGUCAUAUUCCAUACACUAUUUUUUUAAAGUGCCAGGACUUUCGUCACUCUUCUGUGUGGGCGAAUGCAGAAGCGUGAAUUGUAAUCCCAAAUGAAAAGAGUGGGUGAAACUCUUCAUGAAACAAUCACAUUUAUGCGAAACACACCUCAAACAAACACUGGAAAGACGAUGAAGCGGACAGACAAGAAGAACUAGCUGAUUUGGAUGAACUUGUUUUCAUUCAAGAGGUUUCAAACCUAUCAUGAAGAAAUUGCAGCUAAUGUAUGAAUAGACUAAUGCCUGCAGCCUCUGACAACAUAGUGAUAAAGGUUGAUUAUUGUUUAUUCAGUUAACUUUAUGACCUUUUGUUUGUGUGCAUUAUUUCUCAAGAAAUGUUCUCCUACCUGAACGUCAGUUAACUAUUUAAUUGAUUAUGGGCCUAGCAGUCCCAACAGUUAAUUCUCUAGUUGGUCUAUUAACCGUCAUGUCAACCUGCAAAUUGCUGUUUAUUCAGUGUUCAAAUAAAUCGGUUUAAACUUCAAACCAUUUUCGACCUCCCGAUAACUUGCAUUAAGCCUAUAAACGUGCUCGAAUAUGUAUCAGUGAACCUAAAAUCUUGUUAUUUUGUUUGAACGUAUAGGGUGGUUGUAGUGAAGAGUAGGUUAUAUUGGAGCCACAAACCCACCAGGAAACAACGAUUCAUUUACUUGAAUUUAUUUUGCAAGCAAAGUUGUUUUGUCAUGAUGAUUGCCAUGAUGAAUGCCAUGGUUCUAGACAGAAAAAGAUGAAUUAUAAUAUCUCUCUUGACAAACAUAAAUAUGGCCUUUAAAUCAAAUGAAAUACUUCGACAUUGCAGUACUUCAUAACAUAAUUUAACAAGUAAAGAUUAGCCAUUAAACCAUCACAAUCAUUACUUAAACAAACAAUAACCCAAUGAGUAAAGGGGAACUUACAGUGAAGGGAAUUCAAAAGACACACGGCAAACACCUUCAAACACUCAGGUGUGGUGAGGAUGUGGUGAGAACAAAGGGGGGAAGGCCUAACUAGGCCUCUAUUUAUAGUGGGAGGAGCUAUUGAUUACCCUGAAUCACCACUUGGUGUCCCUUGUGGAGGGGAGGUCAAGCUGAAUAAACUUGCAGUUUCUAACAGUGGUCUUGAUCUUGAAAAUAUCAAAGACCUAUAUAUAUCUCUGCCAUUUUUUAGGUGGUUUAGGACAACAUUUGUAUUUGCUUUCCCACUCGAAUUUCUAUGAGACUCAACUUGUCUUUUAACAGAAGAUUAUUGUCUUUAACCAGAAGAAUACAGAAUAUUACACACUUUCCAUUAAAGCUAACAGAAGUUAUGUUGCCAUCUUCUCAUUUAGAAUUCAGCUUUUAGAUGCCUGUACAUAUUGUAAAUUGGAAUUCGAUGUACCUUGAUUUAAGCAAAGCAGAUGAAAGACCAGGUUGGCCUAAAUACUGUAUAUUUGAGUGUAUAUUUGUGUAUAUUUGAAAGGGUAAUUUAUAAAAUUAUCUGUUUUAUUUUACUGCUACUGGAUAGACUAUAAAGAACUUGGU